AUGGUUCGUUUCAGCUUUUGGAUCUCCCUGGGUGCUACCCUUUUGGCCACCUCUACUCCAGCAUAUGCCCAAUUACCACCCAACUCCCACUUCCAGCGCGAUGCCCCAGGCGCUCGUGUACGGACCAGCAGCGGCUUGAUUGAGGGGCACAUUGCGUCGCGACCCGGGGUGUUCGAGUAUCUGGGGAUCCCUUAUGCUGCUUCGCCCACGGGAGACCUCCGAUUCGCUCCUCCGGUCCAAUACCCGGGCAAUGGCACCGUCCUUGCCAAUGCUUAUAGCCCGUGCGUGACCCUGGAGACAACCCGCGUGCUCACACCGACCAUUAUCAGAACCUUUGCUCAGCAAUUGGGGACUCCCCAGAGCGAGGAUUGUCUCUACUUGAAUGUAUGGACUAAGCCCACACACGAGCUAAAACCGGUGUUGGUUUUCAUCCAUGGUGGUCGAUUCAGCGUUGGUGGAGCUCACAGCCCCAUGUACGACGGCGAGAACUUGGUCGCCGAGAAUGAUGUCGUCGUGGUCACCUUCAAUUACCGAUUGAACAUCUUUGGUUUCUCGGGAGCCCCUGGCCUCACCCAGAACGUGGGUCUGCUGGACCAGCGCAUGGCCAUUGAAUGGGUGUAUGCCAACAUCGCCGGGUUUGGAGGCGACCCUGACCGCAUCACCAUCUUCGGACAGUCCGCGGGAGGCGCUUCGGUCGACUACUACUCGUACAUCUGGACGGAGAAGCCGCUCGUCCGCGGCCUCAUCUCGCACUCGGGCACCGCGCUGAGCUUCAAGCCCAACACCGCCGAGGAAUCCGCCAGUUACUUCUACCACGUCUCAAACACUCUAGGCUGCGGCAACAGCACCGACCCCAUUGACGCGAUGGUAGAAUGUCUGCGCGAGCAGUCAUUCCAAGCAAUUCUUGCGGCGGUGAAAAAAGUCCCGUUCGCCCCCUCCCCGGCGCUUCCUCAACCCCAAUUCCAUCCUACCGUGGACGGCAUUACAGUCUUUGACAACUACGCCGAACGCUCCGCGCAGGGCAAGUUCAUCAAAGCGCCAUACCUCUUUACAAGCAACGACAACGAAGCAGGCUACUACCGCAUCAACGCCUUUAGUGCGGGCAUCUCACUCACCGACGAGGAAUGGCACCAGUUCAAUCUGGCCGCCUUCACCUGUCCGACUGGCCAAGCGGCGGCCGAUCGCGCCGCGCAGGGAGUCCCUACCUGGCAAGCGCGGUACUUUGGCGACUUUUGGAAUCUGAGACUGUAUCCCACCAGCGGGGCUUACCACGGGGUCGACCUGCAUAUGGUCUUUGGGACGGCGGAGAAUGUCACCGGCAUUCCUGAUUCUUCGGUGGAGAAGCGGACAAACAGGUAUAUUUCGUCUGCUUGGGUGAAGUUUGCGACGGAUCCAGAAGGGAACACACUGAUUGGUCUUGCAUAUAAAAAUGAGACGGGGACGCAGCUGUUGAAUCCGGCUGUGUACCAGGAGGGCUGUGGUGCACUGGACGGCGACACGACUCCAGGAAAGGGGGCUUUCUAG